CCCCCCCCCCCCCUUUAUUUCAUUGUCUCCAUUCGAGGCCGACUCCAACGUCGACCUCACUCGCUUGCCAUCACGAUCGCCCUCCCAGCUCAGCCAGUUCCCGCUCGCCAUCGAGGCGAUGGGCUAGGUUCCCGAUUACAAUCGAGCCGCUUUCUCGAUACCCCACCUCUGCCCAUGUCCAACAACAAUCGCCGCGUGUCGACCAAGCGGCGGCUCUCCCUGAUCAACGACGACGCGGACAAGCGUCAAAGGUCAGAGGAUAGCCACAUGUCCAUAGGUCGCUCCGCUAUUUCCUCUCGAGGGGAUGGCGCCGCGACGCCCCCCGCUGCCUCUUCGUCUUCAUCCCUGGAACAAGAGCCUGGCCCAGGUGAAUCUGGCUCGCUGUCGGCGUCACCGACCUCUUCGGACGGUGGAGAAGAAGCCUCUCGCGCUGCCCCCCGCCCUUCCACCUCGGCACCUCGGGCUCCGACAUGGCAGACUGAUGCCCCAACCCCUGAUCAACGACAGUGGCCGCGUGAACAACGGACCAACUUGCGUGCCAGCGAUGACAACCGCGAAGACCGCAAUCGUGACCAUCCCGACUCUCGUGGGACUGUCCCGUCUCGCCCAAGUGGCUCAGCUCACCAUGAAGAUCGCCGCAGCCCAUCUGGAGGCGCCUACGCCAACCAGCUUGUGCAGCCGCCUCCCAAGACACAAGCGGCUUUCGUCGGUAAGCUCUACUCCAUGCUUGAAGACGACAAGACCCGCAGGUCGGGCCUGCUCCACUGGUCGCAAGACGGCUCGUCAUUUGUGUGCCCAAACCCCACCGAGUUCUCAAAGGAAGUGUUGCCAAACUAUUUCAAACACAACAACUGGCAAUCGUUUGUUCGGCAACUCAACAUGUAUUCGUUUAACAAGGUUUCAGACCUGUACUCGACAGCCAACGCCGACCCACAGGCUUGGGAAUUUCGGCAUCCUCUCUUCCGACGGGGCGAGCCUCAUCUUCUGGCCAGUAUCAAACGCAAAUCCAACCGUCAGAAUCAAGACGUCCCUCACUCCUCUACCCAUCCGACGACGUCACCCAACGAGGACGAAACGAAGCCCAUAGUGUGGAACUCGACUGCUCACGCUGUUCCUCGCUACUCCCCACCCACCCGUGAUUAUCCAUCCUCUGCCCGCUCAUACUUUGGCCAGCCCCGCCCCCCAUCAAGGGAGUUCGACGCGAAUCUGCCAUCGAUGGGGACUACUAGCUCGCUGCCCCCUCAUGGUCGCCAAUACCACAGCGAGUCGUCUGUCACACGGUCAGAGACUGCCUUCCCUCAAGCCAACUCCAGUCGUCUCGGCGUGAAUGACACACUCAGUAACCAGGUGUCGUCACUGCAAGACACGGUCAACAGGCUGCACCAUGCCCUCGGCACCGAGCGAGCGGACAAUGCUCGUAACAACAUGGAGCUUACCUCCAUUCUGUUGGAGCAGACGCGCAUGCUUCUUGAAUGCGACGGACAGUUGCGUUUGCCUCGAGAGGCUCUGCAACGACAGUAUGAGGAUCUUCUGGCGCGGCGUGAUGGUAUCGACCGGCUCAACGUCUCUGAGGCCCUCAGCAGCAUGGCAAAUGCGCGAAGGAUCCCAACGGCUCCUGCGGCGCCUCUGGACCACAGCCGCCCAGCCACCAGUUACGAGCCCCCACGCCCGACCUCGGGAUACGAGCAACGACCUCCAUCAGGCUAUGAUCAGCGCCCGCUUUCCGGUUACGCUCAUCACGCCCCAAGCCCUUACGAUCAACCACACCGAGUGCUGCAGCCUCCAUUGGGCGACCCCAGGGACGGGCGCAUUCUGCACACCUCUGCGUCCUUAUCCCGCCGCCCACCAUCGCCAACUUUUGACCGUCGCCCAGCAACGAUUGACCAUGCCAGCAACUACUCGCCUCGUGCAUAUCCGGCCCCUCAGCGGGGGAUAGGGUUCGCCGAGUUCCGGUAUCGCGCUCCUCCUAUCGAUGGACCUCAUGUGCGCGAACGUGAUCGUGAUCGUGACCUACCUCCAUCCCGCGGUGGCCUCCCGCGUCGGCUCACCGAUCCCCCGGUGUCAGUGGAAGACGCUCCCGACCAGCCCAAAACAUCUCUCCGUAAUCUUCUCCACUAGUUUCUUCCCCGUGCAACCCGUAGUCCCCAUUUCCCUCCCCCCCCC